AUGUACACCAACACUGUCCUCAGCACCCUCGCCGCCGCCGGCAUGGCCUCGGCCUACAUCCCUGCCCGCCGCCAGGAGACCAACGGCACCGUCACGACCACCACGGUCACCGAGGUCGUUUCCGAGCUCGCCACCUGGUGCCCUGAGCCUACCAACUAUGUCACCUGGGAGGAGAAGGUGUACACCGUCGAGGGCCCCACCUGGUUCACAAUCACGGACUGCCCCUGCACUGUGACGCGCACCACCGAGUGCGCUGGAAAGCCCACCCCUCACCCCUGGACUCCUGAGCACCCCGGCCACGGCGGCCACGGAGAGUGCCACGACGGCCACUACCCCGACGGCAAGCCUUGCCACGACGGUCACUACCCUCACGGAGAGUGCCACGAUGGUCACUACCCCGACGGCCAGCCCUGCCACGGUCACGUCAAGCCCGUCCACCCUCACUACCCCGGCCACCACGAGCAGUGCCACGGCGGCAAGUACCCUGACGGCAGCCCCUGCCACGACGGUCACUACCCUCACGGAGAGUGCCACGACGGCCACUACCCUGACGGCAAGCCUUGCCACGACAACAUGAAGCCGGUUCACCCCGAGUACCCUGCUGGCCCCGGCAAGUACCCCGGUCAGUGCCACGGCGGCAAGUACCCUGACGGCAACACCUGCCACGGCGAGCCCCGCUACCCCGACGGCUGCGUCGACAGCAAGUACCCCGACGGCCGUGAGUGCCACCCGCUGUACCCCGUGUACCCUGCCGACUGCCACGAGGGCAAGUACGCCGACGGCCGUGAGUGCCACUCUGCCUACCCGGAGUACCCUGCCGAGUGCAAGUACGCUCUGUACCCCGACGGCAAGCCUUGCGAGCCCAUCCACCCCGAGUACCCCGCCGAGUGCCACGGCGGCAAGUACCCCGACGGCCGCGACUGCCUGCCCGUCUACCCUAACGUUCCCCCCCACGGUCCCGAGGUCCCUGAGAAGCCCGUCUGCGACGGCCCCGACUGCGGCAAGCCCCAGCCCCCUCCCUACAACAACAAGCCCGUCUGCGACGGUCCCCACUGCGAGAACGACGGCAACAAGCCCGCCUGCUACGGCCCUGCCUGCGAGGCCAGCGCCACCCUCCCCCACGUCCCCUACCCCACCGGCGACCACGUCGAGGUCAACGGCGCCGCCUCGCUUCAGCAGGGCCUGCUGUGCGCCGGCAUGGCCAUCGCCGCCGUUGCCACCGUCUUCGGCGCCGCCGGCUGGUAA